UAUGAAUAUUAUCAACCAGUUAUUGGCAGGAGCUAAUUGUAUGACAAUUCAUAACCAGUUUAGUGUUUAGACUCAAUUUCCAGAUGUGCAACAAUAAGAAUGCCAUUCCCUAACCAAAAGAAAAGGAAGAAUAACUUAAUUUGCUUUAAAAUACUAUUUUCUCUAAUCUAGUACAUAUUCUUUUUAAUUAAGUAGCUCAUGGCAUCCUAGAUGAAAACUGUCCAGUAAUCACAAACUUAAUAAGUCUAAGUAGUACAAAAGUCAAAAAAGAUGUAUCUAUUUCUAAAUAUCGUUUUAGAAGUAAGCGUAAUAAUAAUUGUGGACACCCUGAAAAAGAACAUUAUGCUAAGGGUAUGUGCAAUAAUUGUUAUCAUAAAUAUGGUAGAACUAAGAAACCUUGGAUCUGUGGACACGAUAAAUUAUACGCUUGUAAUAAUUAUUUAUUAAUAACUAUUAGAAGGAUUAUGUUAGAAUUGCUAUAUCAACAAAUACAAUCAAAAGAGGAGAGAAUAAGGUGAUAAUGAAGUUCUCAAACAAGAAGAUCCAAACCAACAAUAAUUAGAACAAUAAUAAUAGUCAUGA